CUCUCUCUCUCUCCCUCUCUCUCUCUCCAUCUUGGCACACUCUCCUUCAGCCUUCGAUCGCCUCCCUCAGAACAGAACGAGCACGCUCCGGUAUUUUCCCUUCCUCUCUUUCACUCUUGCAUCUCGCAUCUCUCAUAUCUCUAUAUCUUCCGCCCAACAGCCCCCCUCUGUCACUCUUCUCUCCAUCUCCGACUACGCUGACCAUUCCUCUCGGACUACGACGACGAUCGUCGAUCUCCCUCUCUGUCUUUCUUGUAAUUUCUUGAGAAUAUUACAAUCCGAGAUCUAGAAGUUGGCAACACCAGGCUCUCGAUAGGUGCCGUCUUGGAGAUGAAUUUGGAAAAAGGAAGGAAAGCUCCAUUCUGCAGUUGUUGGUGAUCUAUGCACAAGUGUCUUCAACCUUGUUAGGAGGAUUCGCCGAGUCUGGGUGAAUGCAGUAUGGCUCCUGCUCAAGUCUUAACUGAUUUAGACUCAGAAAUGAUACUGGAAACCACUGCAACUGCAAAUGUUACUUCUGACAAAGAUGAUCUGAAUUCCUCAGCAGUCCAAGAUGAAAAGGGUCUGAAGUGUACGAGUAAUUUUGAGGACACCACGUUUGACAUGGAAAUUUUGUUGGAUCAAGAUAUAGAUACAGUAGAGGAGUCUGUUGAUACAGAGGUCGAUAUAACCGAAUGUGUGAAUGCUGAUGACCUCAGGUUGGCUCAUGCUGAAGAUCCAAAUGCAACUGAAUAUUCCAGUUCUUUCGAUGACACAACAUCGGGAACUGAAUAUGUUUCAAGGUUGAGUGAUGCUGAAGUGGAGUCAACAUUUUGUGGUGGCAGUGAGUCUGUUUUUGAUGGAUUUGGUAGCGUGUUCCAAACAAGGAAGAAGAAGUUGACAGCUCAUUGGAGGAAGUAUAUCAGACCUCUAAUGUGGCGGUGCAAAUGGUUAGAACUGAGAAUUAAGGAAUUUCAGUGCCAAGCAUUAAAGUAUGAUAAAGAGCUUGCAGAAUAUGAUCAAAGAAAGCAGUUUGAUUCAGGGCAGCUUGCGUUAGAAGGGUGUUGUAUGAGGUCACUACCAUUUUCUAGACAGUUUGAUAGGAAAAAGGCCAUGAAGAGGAGAAAACGAAAGAGAGUUGAAGACACAGUUGAUAUAUCAUCAUAUAUGUCACGCCAUAGCCUGUUCUCAUACUAUGAGAAUAAGAGGUCCAAUGUAGAUGGUGUUUCUCUGGAUGAUGAUUGUGGUAAUCAAGUUAUUGCGGCAGAUCGAAAUGCUAAUGGCAAUGGUGAGUUUGGUGUUGAUUAUGAGUGGCCAUUACUUGACUUUGGAGAAGGUGAUAAUCCUUUGGAGCAAAUCCUUUGGAAGAUCGAGGAUGUGCAAUCUCGAGCCCACAAAUUGAAGACUCAGCUUGACAAGGUGAUGAACAGUAAUGCUGGGAGGCUCUCUUCUGCAGAAAAUUUAAACCUGCUUCUGCCAUCUGAGGUGCCUUCAAGUUCUGCUCGAAGUCCUACUGUCUCUCUGGGCAAGGGAUGCACCACACAGACUCACGUUUUAUAUACUCCACCUCCACAUGUAUCCAAGCAUGAGAUUGGUGAUCUGGUCAUGCCUGAAAGUGCCGUUUCAAGUUAUGGGGAGGCAAAUCCUCUUCCUGAUAUAAUUGAAAGCACAAUGGGACUAUUAUCUGCUGCUGAUAUUGCUCUUGAUCAGCCACAGAUUGGUGAUUCAUGUGAAGAUAUUGCGGAUGAUGUUUUGAUACGUAAUCAGUCAGUUCAGGGAGAGUUGUACAGUUUUGAAAAGUUGAAGAGUCAGCCCUCAGAGAUGCCUUGUCAUCCUGUGAAAGAGCAAGAGGAGAACAGGAUUUCCCCAGUUUCAGCACCAGAACUUAACGUUGCCCAAAAGACCAUUGCGGCUCAGGAGCAGUCAAUUCUAAAGUCUUGCUUAGCAUCUGACUUUCAGGUCCCUAAAACCAAGAGAAAGCGAGGCGAGAGGAAAGCUGGUUCUGGUUGCUGGAGUAAGAAAUCAUCAGGUGAGCCUGAUCAUUGAGCUUGAAGUCUUCGUAGAAUUGGCCUCUUCAUUUGAAGAUUUAAGCACUAAGACCAAAAAUGGUCCAGUUUUUUCUUUUUUUAUUGAUGUAAACUUUUUUUUUUUUAAAUCAAAUGUAAAUUUACUUGCUCAUACUGGAUUUUUUUUUUUAAUGUACUGGAAUUAUUGUCGAAGUUGUUAGUUCCCUCUCUCUCCCUAA